CCAGAACGAACCGGGUGGGGGCAGAAUUUCCCCGACUGAAUCAGUCGCCAUGUUGGUCCCAUAAAGUCACAUAUAUUUGUGCAACUUUUUAAUUUUCCCGAUUUUCGGGGCAUCGUAGGCAAUACAUGUAGGCAAGGCUUCGCGUUCAAUGCGGAGUCUACUACAUGAGCCACUAUUAGGACUCUCCUUUUUGGAGAAUGAAGGGAGUUUGGUGGAUUUUCGAGGACUGAAUUGCAUUGCAACAGUGUUGUGAGUCCUAAAGAAAAAAAAAGUAAAAAAAAAAAGAACGAACAUGCCGAUCCAAGCGCCGCAGUGGACAGACUUCCUGUCCUGUCCGAUCUGCUACAACGAGUUUAACGAGAACCAGCGCAAGCCCAUCAGCCUCGGCUGCGGCCACACCGUGUGCCAGACAUGUCUGGGACAGUUCCACAGUAAGCAGUGUCCCUUCGACCAGACCGCGAUCACCGUAGAUACGGACGUCCUGCCCGUCAACUACGCCAUCCUGCAGCUGGUCAACGGUGACGUGCAGAAGUCGGAGAACGGCGGUUUGGAAGGAGUCAGCGAGUUUACGGAGUACUACCAGGAUGCCAUGGAGUGUAUAGAGGAGCUGGCCUUGUACCUGAAGCCAUUCAGUGGCGGAGGAGCAGGCAACAACAGCCCCCUGAGCCGCCCCAUGCAGCGUAAGCUGGUCACGCUGGUGAACUGUCAGCUGGUGGAGGACGAGGGCCGCGCCCGUGCGAUGAGAGCGGCGCGAUCUCUGGGGGAGCGGACGGUGACGGAGCUGAUUCUGCAGCACCAGAACCCGCAGCAGCUGUCUCAGAACCUGUGGGCGGCCGUCAGGGCCAGGGGCUGCCAGUUCCUCGGGCCAGCCAUGCAGGAGGAAACGUUGAAGCUGAUCUUGUUGGCUCUGGAGGAUGGCUCAGCCUUGUCCAGGAAGGUGCUGGUGAUGUUUGUUGUCCAGAGACUGGAGAAACAGUUCUCCCAAGCCUCCAAGACAAGCAUCGGCCACGUGGUCCAACUCCUGUACAGGGCCUCCUGCUUCAAGGUGUACAAGAGAGACGGAGACUCUUCACUCAUGGAACUCAAGGAAGAGUUCCGUACAUAUGACGGCCUGAGAAGAGAACACGAUGCUCAGAUUGUACAGAUCGCCAUGGAGGCAGGACUGAGGAUAUCUCCUGAGCAGUGGUCCUCUCUACUGUACGGAGACACGGCACACAAGUCACACAUGCAGUCCAUCAUAGACAAGUUGCAGACGCCGGCUUCGUUCUCCCAGAGCGUGAACGAGCUGGUCAUCGCCCUGCAGCGGUCUGGCGACCCCGCCAGCCUGUCCCGCCUGCGCCCGUACUUCGACGAGCUGGCCAAGAUCGACCCCAGCCCUGACGGGGAGACUCCGCUGUGGGACGACACCAGGAAGGGCAUGCAGGCCGUCAAACUGGUGGUGCAGGGAGUGGUGGACUUCAUCCAGAACUACUGUGGCAACAGGAAGGGAGAAUCUGCACAGGUCACGAGUGGGAAAUACAAGACCAGCAUGUGUCGGGACCUGAACAGAAAUGGGACAGGCUGCCCCCGUGGCGUCAACUGUACGUUUGCACACUCUGAUGAGGAAAUGUACAGGUACCGUGCAAGGAAUAGAAAAGCUGUGGAGAAAGGGAACACGAAGGAUGUCCCUGUCUAUAAGGGGGAAGUGAAGAAAGGUAGCCCCCUUGUCGCCAAGGGGACAGCCUCUCCCCCUUCACCACCACCCCCAGGCCUGGUCUCAAGGUCAACUGUCUCAGACCACAGUUCCAAUGGGCUUGUCCCGAGGGAGUCUACAGACAUGCCGUCAUCUCAGUCCCCACCGUCUUCCUACAGCAGACAGCCUGCCUACCCUCCCAGGGUCUCCUCCAUGGAGCAGUACCCUCACCAGCCACCAGGGGGCACCAUGAGACAGCCUCUACCCGCAGACAUGCCACCUCCUGAACAAGGUCCAACAUACAUGGUGGAAACUGUGCAAGUGCAGAUGGUGCCCGUGGAGACAGGUUAUCCUGGGGUUGUCAGUGGAUAUUACCCACCGCAACACCAUCCACAGUACAUAACACAGCAGCCACCACCUCCGAUGACCCCGCCAUACUCGGCGCAAUACCCUCCACCGACGUCGUAUCGUCCGCAAGAACCGGUCCCGCCGCCACCGAUGCCCUACCGUACGUACGUACAGGACAGCUACGGGACGGGAGUGUACCCCCCGCCACCGCCGCCCAGCCAGUACCCCCCUCAGCAGUACCCCCCUCCCAUGGAUAGGGGAGUGUGGCCUCGCUACCCUGUUCGGGAGGACGUGAGAGUCCCCACCAGAGGAGGGUAUGCGGGGUAUGAUGGCAUGGUCCACCCCUAUCCAGGGCCAUACCAGGGCAGCAUGCAGCAGCCAACGAAUCUACAGAACCAGAGUCUGGAAGAUCUCCAGCGCAGACGUGAGGAGCUCCUGGCCCAGCUGAACCACCCGGCCCACUGCAUGCCUGUGGCUCGCUCCCCCUCCCCCUCCCCUUACAGCUCCCCUGCCCACACACCCCCCUCCACUCUCAACUCCAAAGCCACGCCCUUCUUCCCGCGGAAGCCCGACUACGCCAACGGGACGGAGAAGGAGGGCGAGGUUCAGGCGGACGGCGCGGGCCAGACCAAGGAGUACAGCCCGUGGUCGAGCGGCGUCCUGAUCCAGACUAAAGACGUCAUGCCGCACACCGCCACGCCCUCGUCCUCGUCUACGGUGGUCGUCUCCAGCUCGCAGUCCUCGCACAGCAGGAACUACCUGACGGAGAGCUCGCUGGUGACGGAAAUCCGCCGCCUCUCGGACGAGGCACUCGCCCAGGUCCUGGUACGGGAGGACCUCAACUACCUGCGUGGGAAGGACCAGCCGGGGUACCUCAUCCGUCAGGAGGUGCAGCGUCGCACGCUCGAGCGCGCCAAGGAGCUGGAGGACGACCUGAUCCCGUUCUCCAGCACGCCGAUCGUGUCUAAAUACGGGCCCAUCUCCCGCACGGCCAGGGCCAUGAUACGGAACACUGGACCGUACCAAUCCAACGCCAUCGCGGGGAACACCAGCACCGUGUCCGUCAAGUCAACGGAGAACAUGAUACAGUCCACACACGAGCGAGUCCACAGCCCCACAGACCCAGAAGAACAAGACGGCAGGUACAACAAGAAGCCGGCGGUGGAAAUGUACCGUGGAGUGUGGAACAUCACCGACAGAGAGGAUCCGUCCCAAAACACUAGAAUCAAUAAUCUGCCGAGCGUGCCGGUGUCGACGUCGCGUGCCUCGGGGACGUCCACGGUGGAGCGGGAGCAGUUGAAGCUGGAGCUUCGACAGAUCAACAACCAGAUCAACUCCCACCACCAACAGCAGCAGAUCCAGGAGGCUAAGAACGCCAUGUUGCUGAAACGUGAGCAGGACGCGCUGGCGUGGGUGAAGAGCAGCGUGUCGGACAGACAGCUUGACGACGACCAGCGUCUGGCGUACGAGCUGCAGCGGAUCGAACUGGGCAUUCGGGAGAAGGAGAGAGAGCUUCAGAAUCAGAGGUGGAAGACCAAGCCCAGGAGCCAGGACGACACUGCCAGCGACUUUGAGAUUGCUCGCCAGUUGCAGGAGUUUGAGAACGGUCACCGGCCCAAGCCAGGCCCUGAGGCCACAGAAAGGAGCAGACACGUCGCCAAAGUUGACCUGACCUCACAGGAGGCGAAUGACUACCGCGUGGCUCUGGAGGCCCAGAAGGCGGAGGAGCUGUCGGAGAUUGAGUACCAGGUCCGGCGCGACGCUGAGCGCAAGCAGCGCCUGGCGCAAGAACGGGAGCGGAUGGACCAGGAAGAACGAGACCGCCGUCUGGCCGAGCAACUGGUGUACAGCGAGGUUGGUUACCAGCACCAGGCAGGUGAGAGAACCUCGUACGCCAGCGCGGUGGCGGACAGAAGGGUGCGGGCAAACGUCGUACACGGGGCCGUACGCGACCUGCAACUGGCGCCCAGGAUCUCCACCGGCCAGGACACCCUAGUGACUACCUCCGUGGGCCGAGCCAAGCCCUGCACGCUACCAACCAAUGUGGUGGAGGACAGUGGUGUAGGGGUGCACUAGAGUAGUUACUGUAAGGUUAUGCAGUCCUGGAGUAGUGGGUCAGGCUCUUUUCCUCACACAGCCACAGAGAUUCUUUACUGUCUGAUAUAAGGACAUUGUCAGAACGUACUGCGCCUGCACGUAACCCAUAAUUUAGGCAGAAUGUCUCAUUUAAGGUCAUAUUUGCAUAUUUUAAGGAUGACAUCCCCUCAAUAGUUCUCAAAUGUUGUGUCAAAAAAGAUAUCUGCAAAGGGCAGAAUUUUAAUGCAACAUAGAACAAAAAACAUGAAAAAUCCAGGUUUCGCACAGGCACAGUACGUUCUUCCGGUAAACCAAUACCAGGUGUUAUUUAUGUACCAAAGUGUCAGGUAAAAAAUCCAUGGUUAUGUGAAAGGAAUUUUUAGCUGUUUAUCUUAAAUCCUUGCUGUGUGCUCGGACAGUGGUUGUAAAAAAAGGUAUAGUGUGAUAUUAGGUUAAGACUGCACAUGUACAUAUCAAGCACUUACAUUCAAGACAGACCAUUGUAAGGAAUGUUUGCUUUGGUUAAGUGGAUGUAAGCAUAUUUUUCAUAAACCAGAACUUCUUAACUACCUAUGCCAAAACUUGUAGAAGUUGUAAGAAAGCCUGCUUCCUUCUUGAUGGCACUAUACUAUAGCCUUGCCUGGAUAUUCUUAAAAAGAAAAAUGGAACAUUUUCUAAAGCUGUUAAACAGUCAUUGAAUGUAGGAAGUAAGAUGCUUCUGACUUGAAAAUCUGCUGUGCGUUAUGUUUCCAAAGGAAGAGCCUUGCACGUGCAUGUAUAACCAUUGAAGGUGUGAAAAUGUAUCUUGAAUUUGUUUCUAAUGAUAAUGCAAGCUUACGAAAGUAGCAUGGUGAUCUGUCAAUGAAGGUUAGACAUCCAGGUAUUGACAAAACAGUUACUCAAGCAACUAGAUUUCUAAUUCUAACCAGUUGCUUGAGUAACUGUGUAUACAUGUAGCAUGGUGAUCCUGCUUAAAGUUAAUAUUCAUGCUGUCAAGUAGUUAAAAUCUGCCUUAUUCUCUUUGUAAACUUGUUCACAUUUUUGUCUUGAACUAAUGUAAUCUUGAAAUGAGGUUAAUUUUCAGUGCUGUGGUAUAGGGAAUGUACAAAAUUGUAUGGUGUAUUGGAUGCUUUGUCUGCCAUGUUUUACAUUGUCCCUUGCUUCCCUUCAAAACUUGAAAGCUAGACCAAGCAGAAUUUUUGCCCAUUUUUGAAAGAUAAUAAGAAAGUACCAUUUUCGUAUGUUCUUGUAUUGAAAAAUUUGAUGUAGACAUGAUGUGGCAUAAUGAUCUAACAUUAGUAACAAGAAAGUGUAGCCAUUUUUCUAGCAAGUAUUUUAAGAUAUUUCUUGGAAAAUUAUUGGCUCAUUACUUGUUUGACUGUUAUUGAUAUGUGUGUUGUUUUGCAGUGCAGUUAUGUCAUCAAAAAUGGGUACAAAUUGUGUUUAAAAAUGCUUUAGAUAGCUUCAUAUUAACAGGAAAAGAAAAUGGCAGAAACUUAUCGGUUGAAUUGACAAUGCAUGCUCCAUAGCUAGCUGCCUUGAUACCUCAUGUAUAAACAUGCCAUUACUACUGAUCAAACUAAUCAAACUGUAUAAGAAAUAAGAGCUUUUAAAAAGUUACCGCUUAUAUAAGUGCCCUCUUUAUAUCGGCACCAAUCUUUGGCUUUCUUUUGGGAAGUAUUCACAAUUAUACUGCGUUUGUGUCAGGGAUGCUUACAUGGGCCUGAAAAGAUGUGCUUUUUUUCUAGUAGCUACAGUUUCGUGUCUUUAUCAUUCAUGUGAUGACCACUAGAAGACAAAGAAGGCCACACCGACAUUUUCAAGUUUUAGGACAACCUAAAAACAGGAGUCUGGGAGAAAAAAUUGAAUCUGACU